UUAUCUAGUUUACUCUUGGGCUGGUUGUUCAAAGCCAGAUUGGACUCGUCAUCGUGAAUCAGAUACAAGUUUGUCAUGAAAACUAACUCUGAGUUGUCUGUGCUUUAAUUUGGAGCACAUAUGACAAUGUAGGCUACUAGCUGUGUAAAUAACAACAGAACUUCCAAUGAGGGGACAAUUUAGCUGUUUUUAUUUAUAGGGACAGAAAACAGUACAAUAAAAGAACACAAACAUCCACUUUAAUUUUAACAGAACAGUGAAUAUAAACUAACAUACACUAUUCACAAGCACACUGGAUAUUCUGAACAUGUUUUCUCAAGCAGAGAAAGGAUAAAUGUCCAACAGAAAACAGGCUUGUUUGUUGGGAGUCCACACGCACAAUGACACAAUCACGUAUAACGCAAUAUUGUGAUGAUUGUGUCACAUCCAGUCUAUGUUGUGUCAUUGCAAAUAUACAGUGAUUAAUGACAAAAUUAAAUACAUUGUUUUUGUUUGACAUUGACAGUUGUUUGGGGGAGUAUUUCUAUGGGGACAAAAUUAUCUUAUAAUAAUUUUUAUCUCUACUGACUUGUAUUUACUGGUAGGCUUAAUAGGCUUCCUAAUGUCUACCUGAACAGUAAAAACAAAUCAAGUGCAAAAUAUAGAUAAAUGUGUAUGCACUUCAUGAUACAAAUGUUGAAUUACUUUUGCAUUUUUUUAAAUUUAUUACAUUUUCUUUUUAAAAUCUGCUCUGAAUUCAGCCUUCUGCUGGGAUCAGGAUAAACCUGAUUGUUUUGAAUCACAAGUAUCCCAAAUCUACAAAACAGUAACAAAGCAAUCUCAGAUUUUUUUUAAACAACCCUUUAGUAAGUGUCAAACAACUGUAUUGCUCAUUCUGUUGGUUAUAUGCGGAAAUAUAAGCUAAAUUCCAACUUUUUAAGUGUAGAGAACUUGUUUUGGUCAUAUAUUACAUCCAUUUUCAACUGAUCAAAACUCGUUGAAUGACUUAUCAAACGUUGCUAUAUUACUGCACUUAAUUGGUCAAACAGGUCUUAGGUGGAGUGGAGCUGCCACACCUGAGCAGGUUGAGUGGAGAGAAGAAAUGGCAGGCAAACAACUCCACCCCCUCUCCACUCCUGUCCCGUUCCGUUGAGAAAUCUACUGAGAUUGUCAUCGGCGAGCUUCAUCCAACGACUGCUCCUCCGCUCCGAAAUCUGACCGAAAAAGAACGACAUUAAAACUCAGGAAGAGAGGACAGACUGUGAACAAACCUCGUCAUGAACUGGGCAUUCCUCCAGGGCCUCCUCAGCGGGGUGAACAAGUACUCCACAGCCUUUGGCAGAGUAUGGCUCUCUAUUGUGUUCCUCUUCAGGGUCAUGGUGUUUGUGGUGGCAGCGGAGAAGGUAUGGGGAGACGAACAGAAAGACUUCAAAUGCAACACGGCUCAACCUGGGUGCCACAACGUCUGCUAUGACCACUUCUUCCCAGUCUCCCAUGUGCGGCUCUGGGCCUUGCAGCUCAUCUUCGUCACCUGCCCCUCACUGCUGGUGGUGAUGCAUGUAGCCUACAGGGAGGACCGUGAACGGAAAAACAAGCUCAAGUAUGGCGAGAACUGCCGCCGUCUCUACCAAAACACUGGCAAGAAGCGAGGAGGCCUGUGGUGGACGUACGUCCUCACUCUGGUCUUUAAAAUAGGCGUGGAUGCCACCUUUGUCUACCUGCUGUACCACAUCUAUGAGGGCUAUGACUUCCCAUCGCUCGUCAAGUGCGAGCAGAAGCCGUGUCCCAACAAGGUGGACUGCUUCAUCGCUCGGCCUACUGAGAAGAGGAUCUUCACGAUCUUCAUGGUGGUCACCAGCUUGGCCUGCAUCCUCCUCUCCAUUGAAAUUCUCUACCUGGUCGGCAAACGCUGCCGCGAAUGUUUCACUGCAGUCCAUCACUCUCGCCACAUCGACACCAACACAAUGUCCAGUGGGAGCAACCUGAUGGAGUCCAACACUAUGAAGCUGGCAGGCAAAAACACCCCGGAAACACCUGCACCCUCAUACAGUGUUGCCAUAUCUUGAGAUACUGAGAAUUUAAGUAAGAACUUAAUAACAAACAAAGGUAUGAGGAAAGGAAAGAUGUCUCUCCUCACUCCACAGACGCUUCCUUAAAGACUUGUAAGCAGAAAAAUAUCUACUCAGAGACUGAACUAAGGAGUUAGUUCCUUAAUGUUUAAGAAUUUAAAGCCCUGGACUACAGGAUACAUGUGUCAUUGAUCAGGAAUGUGUGCACUGUUGUGUUUUUUUUAUAACAGAGAUUUACAGAUGAAGUUCUUUACAAACAUUAAAGACAAGUUUGCUGCUGCAGUGCCAGAUUCAGCCUUGAUUUCAACUACAUGAGUCACUCCGUGGUUUAGAGUGUAUGGUUUUACGAACACGUGGUUUUCUGUGUAAGAUUUUCCCUCUGCUCAAGCCCAGCCUCAGAAUGUUUACUUCAGACCGUACUGAGUCUUUUCCCAUCACUCAGAUGUUCAUAUUGGACUCUCUGUGAGCUUUGUACUUUUUAUAAUUUAUCAAAAGGUUUAAGAGGUUGUGCUGUUGUGUAUGUUACUGUCCUUAUUUGUUAAACUACUUUCUGCAUAUCGGCAGUAGAGUGCAAAGAAAUGCAGUUUUGCAAACACAGUUGUUAAUAAUAUGAGGAUGUGCACAGCACUGAGGUGCAACAUGGUUGUAUAUUUGUUAAUAUUUUUCAUUAAAGAUCGUUAUUUUUA